UUAUUAUAUUUUAUUUGUUUUUUUUUACGAAUAAACUUUCUUAUUUCGUUCUUUUUCCUAUAAUUUGCACUGUCAACAUAAUAGAAUUUUUUAUGACUUUGGAAUGAGCUAAGUGAAUAAAAGGCUGGUUCUCUUUGCGCGUGUCCCGAUCUCUUCUCCAAUCCUCCAUAGUCAAACACAAAACCCCUUUUUAUUUGAUCCCAAGUUGACCCGUUUAUUCAAUAUAAUAACCAAGUCUUGCCUAAAUGGAGGUUAAGCUAUGGAACGACAAGCGGGAGAGAGAAAUGUAUGAGAAUUUUGCAGAUCUGUACGCCAUUAUCAAAGCAACAGAGAAGCUUGAGAAGGCUUAUGUGAGGGAUAUUAUUUCAUCAUCUGAAUAUGAAACUGAGUGCCAAAAGCUUAUUGCGCAUUUCAAAACCUUAGCUUCUACACUCAAAGACACAGUCCCUAGCAUUGAACGGUUUGCAGAUACAUAUAAAAUGGAUUGCCCGGCUGCUAUAAAUCGUCUGGUGACCUCUGGGGUGCCUGCUACUGUGGAGCACCGGGCUGCUGCUGCUGCCUCUGCUACUACCUCAGCUGCCAUUGUGGCUGAAUGUGUGCAGAAUUUUAUUACUGCCAUGGAUUCAUUGAAACUCAACAUGGUGGCAGUUGAUCAAGUGCAUCCUUUGUUGUCUGACCUCUCAGCAUCACUUAAUAAGCUUGGUAUUUUGCCACCUGAUUUCGAGGGGAAGACAAAAAUGAAGGAAUGGAUUUCAAGAUUGUCGAAGAUGGGGGCGGCAGAUGAGUUAACAGAGCAGCAAGCUAGGCAGCUCCACUUUGACUUGGAAUCUUCAUACAAUUCAUUUAUGGCAGCUUUGCCUAAUGCUGGCACAUGAAGCAAUCCAAUAUACGUUAUUUGUGUUUGUUGCUGCAAACUUGUGGGUUCCCGGUGAAUUCUGCAAUGGAUUUUUAAGUUGGUAACAGUGUAUACAUUUUGGGAAUUAUUGGAUUUUUUAAGCUCAAGAUGUUAUUAUGUGCCGAUUAUGGAGAGAUUGUUUAUGGUAUCAUUCUGUGAGAAUGAAUUUGUGCUUUGAUUUGGUUCUGUAAGCCUAUUGUUUUUGCCAUGGUAGUUUAUUUUUCAUUAUGCGCGAGUGAUUGUUGUCUUGUAUGUUAAUAGUUUAUCCAAUAUAUCAGAAAGUUUUGAAAUCCA